GAUAGGGGGCGGGGCAUGGGGCUGCCAAAGGCCUUCCAGAGCGAGCGGCCCAGGCGGAGGCCGGAGUACGGUGUUGGCGGCGGCGGUGGCAGCGGCAACGGAAACAGUAGCAGCAACGCCCGGCCUAGGGCAGAUCUGCCCCAGAUGCCCCUGCAGAGAAUCCACAUGACCUCUGACAACCAAGCCCAGGUGAUGGAGCUUCUGCAGGAGCUGCAGUCGCAGGACUGUGAGGAGGACAGGUACUCGGGCUCUGACGCUGAGGAGGAGGAGGGGGAGGAUGAGUACGAUGAGCUGGAUUACCGUGAGGAAGGCCAGUUUUGGGAGACGCGUGACGAGGUGGUGGAGUUUGCCGAAGGCCCGGUGUACGAGGAGGACUCUGAGGAAGAGCAGCCGUCUGCGGAGCCUGCCGUGUCCCUGUUCGCCGUGGGCCGUCUGAGCAGGUACGGCUUUGACCGCGAGCGCAGCAGACAGGCGCUGGAGUCGGGCGGGGGCGAGGUGGGGGCGACGCUGGAGCAGCUGCUGCAGCAGGUGUUCGCCGAGCGGUACGGGUCGCGGGCGGCCCCCGGGGAGGGGCUGCGGUCCAUCCCCAUGGACGAGUGCCUGGCCCAGCGGCAGGAGGAGGCCAUGGCCCUGUCCGCCAUCUACGGCGACCGCUUCGCCGAGCGCAUCGCCAACAGCGUGUGGACCGUGUCCCUGGACCUGCAGCACCUGACCCCGGGUCCGAGCGCGGGGCCCGACCGGCCCGCGCACAAACACGGCCAGGUCCUGCUCAAGGACGUGUGCAGGUUCUACCUGAAGGGGGCGGGGUGCCGAUUUGGGGACAAGUGCAAAUUCAAGCACCAGCUCCCCACUGACUCCGGGGCCCCCCCCGCAGGCCCCCCCGCGGGCCCCCCCGGCCCCAGCCAGCCCGGCUUCAGCAGCUACUCUGCCCCCGAGUACGAGCUGGAGGUGCGCUUCCCCAGGGGGAACCGCUACCCGUUCCAGCCCCCGCUGGUGGCCUUCAGCACCAGCGACGAGCGGCUGGGGGCCGCGGGCCGGCUCCACGUCACAGAGCUGCUGUUUGGGGAGGCGCUGUCCGCCGCCCAGGCCGGCGAGCCCGUCGUUUACACGCUCAUCACCUGCUUCGAGGACGAGAGCAGGAUGAAGGAGCUCCUGUCGGCCGCCCAUCACAAGUACAGCUCCCCGCCCCCUGUGUUGGCGCCGCCGCCUGCGUUGGCCCCACCCGCCGCCGUCACUUCCGCGAAGACCAGGAACGCCAAGAACACCAGCGCAACAUCAGAGAACCACGCCAUCAACAGCAUCACCAACAGUGCGACCAACAGUGUCAACAACAGCGCCACCAACAGUGCCAUCAACAGCCGUGGCACACAAGCGAAGGAGGCUCCAGAGCUGGAGGAGGAGCAGGAGGAGCAGGACGAGGAGGUGACCCCAGUGGUUGUAGAGAGUGAGAGCUACGUUCACCUGAAGAAGAAAAUGGCACAGAAAUAUGAGACCAGAAUGGAGGGUCUCCUGCAAGAGAACGGCAAACUGUGCAGGGAGUUCAGCAGGAAACGGUCUUCCAGGCGCUUUAUGGCGAUGCUGGAGCAAAGGCAGAAGCUCCCAGCCUGGCGGGAGAGGGAGAACAUUCUGGAUCUUCUGCGGGAGAGCCAGGUUAUGGUGGUGAGCGGGAUGACCGGGUGCGGGAAGACCACGCAGAUCCCUCAGUUCAUCCUGGACGAGACUCUGAAGGGCCCCGCCGACCGGGUCGCCAACAUCAUCUGCACGCAGCCGCGGCGCAUCUCCGCCAUCACCGUGGCCGAGAGGGUGGCGCAGGAGCGCGCCGAGCGGCUGGGCAGCUCCGUGGGCUACCAGAUCCGCCUGGAGACCGUCAGGUCGUCAGCCACCAGGCUGCUGUACUGCACCACGGGGGUCCUCCUGCGGCGGCUCGAGGGUGAAGCCAACCUGCCCGGCAUCACACACGUCAUCGUGGACGAGGUGCACGAGCGCACCGAGGAGAGUGACUUCCUGCUCCUGGUCUUGAAGGACCUGAUGCUUCAGCGACCCGACCUGAAGAUCAUCUUAAUGAGCGCCACCCUCAAUGCCGAGCUCUUCUCCCAGUACUUCUACAACAGCCCCGCCAUCCACAUCCCAGGUCGCACGUUUCCUGUUGAUCAGUUUUUCCUAGAAGACGCCAUUGCCAUGACAAAGUAUGUGAUCGAGGACGGCAGCCCCUACCAGCGCUCCGGCAAACAGGGCCCCUCCGGGAAACAGGGCCCCCCAGGGAGGCAGGGCCCCCCAGGGAAGCAGCAGGGCUCCAGCAGGGUGGCGGUGGACCAGCUGGAGGAGGACGUCUGGUCCUACAUGUCCUUCCAGAAGACGGACUUUGUGAAGGACUCCAUCCCUGACCAGCAGCUCACGCUGCAGGAGCUCUCUGUCCGAUACAAAGACACUAAGAAGUCUGUUCUGAAGACCAUUGCUGCCAUGGACCUGGAUAAGAUCAACAUGGACCUGGUGGAGAGUCUGCUGGAGUGGAUUGUGAAUGGAGACCAUAACUACCCGCCAGGCGCGGUGCUCGUCUUCCUGCCCGGAUUGGCUGAGAUUAAGAUGCUGUACGAGCAGCUGCAGUCGAACAGGAUGUUCAACAACAGGAAGUGCAAACGGUGUGUGGUGUUACCCCUUCACUCCUCUCUGUCCAAUGAGGAGCAGCAGGCUGUGUUUCAGCGCCCGCCCGAUGGCGUCACCAAAAUCAUAAUCUCCACCAACAUCGCCGAAACCUCCGUCACCAUCGACGACGUGGUGUACGUGGUGGACUCGGGGAAGAUGAAGGAGAAAAGGUACGACGCCGCUAAGAGCAUGGAGAGCCUGGAGGAGUCGUGGGUGUCACGCGCGAACGCGCUGCAGAGGCGUGGCCGAGCCGGGCGCGUGGCCUCGGGCGUCUGCUUCCACCUCUUCACCAGCCACUGCUUCUCACACCUGCUCGCCGAGCAGCAGCUGCCCGAGAUCCAGAGAGUCCCGCUGGAGCAGCUCUGCCUCAGGAUCAAAAUCCUGGACGUGUUCGCGGAGACGUCCCUGGAGUCGGUGUUCUCGCGGCUGAUCGAGCCCCCCUCCCCCGCCGGCGUGGAGGCGGCCGAGCGGCGGCUGCAGGACCUGGGGGCGCUGACGGCGGACGAGAAGCUCACCCCGCUGGGGUACCACCUGGCCUGCCUGCCCGUGGACGUGCGCAUCGGGAAGCUCAUGCUGUUCGGGGCCAUCUUCCGCUGCCUGGACCCCGCCCUCACCAUCGCCGCCAGCCUCGCCUUCAAGUCCCCCUUUGUCUCUCCGUGGGACAAGCGUGAGGAGGCGAAUGUCCGGAAGCAGAGCUUUGCUCUGGCCAACAGUGACCACCUGGCCCUGCUGCAGGCGUACAAGGGCUGGAGUGCUGCCGCCAAGAACGGAAAUCAGGCUGGCUUCCUGUACUGCAGGGAGAACUUCCUGUCUUCACGAGGGCUCCAGGAGAUCUCCAGCCUGAAGAGGCAGUUUGCGGAGCUGCUGUCGGACAUCGGCUUCGUGAAGGAGGGCCUGAAGGCCCGGGUGAUCGAGCGCAUGAGCAGCAGGGGGACGGACGGCGUUCUGGAAGCCACGGGCUUCGAGGCCAAUCUGAACUCAGACAACACCAAGCUGAUGUCGGCUAUGCUGUGCGCUGCCCUGUAUCCCAACGUCGUCCAGGUUCGAGCCCCCCAGGGGAAGUACAAGCUGACCAGUAAAGGAGCGAUGAAAAUGCAGCCCAAGGCCGAGGAGCUGCGCUUCAUGACCAAGAGCGAUGGCUGUGUCCACGUCCACCCCUCCUCCAUCAAUUACACGGUUCGGCACUACGACAGCCCGUACCUGGUGUACCACGAGAAGGUGAAGACCAGCCGCGUGUUCAUCCGGGACUGCAGCAUGGUGUCUGUGUACCCCCUGGUCCUGUUCGGAGGGGGGCAGGUCAGCGUGGAGCUGCACAAGGGCGAGUUCAUCGUCUCCCUGGACGACGGCUGGAUCCGCUUCGCCGCUGCGUCCCACCAGGUGGCUGAGCUGCUGAAGGAGCUUCGCUGGGAGCUGGACCAGCUCCUGGAGGAUAAGAUCCGCCAGCCCAGCAUGGACCUGUGCAGCUGCCCCCGCGGCUCACGCAUCAUCCACACCAUCGUCAAGCUCAUCUCCACCCAGUAGUGCGCCGAGGGACUGAUGCCCAUACGUGGCCACGCCCCAUACCUCGCCACGCCCUGUACGCGGCCACGCCCCUAUGUGGCCACUCCUGCUCUGCUUCACCUGGAGGACUGCCCAACCGCUGUGCUUCACCUGGAGGACUCACCUCCCUGUGCACCUCCCCACGCCCUGUGCCACAGGCAGUGGUUAGGCGGGGUCUCCCUGUCCUGGUUCUGACGGAAACUCGCUUCUGUCUCCAGCAGAGACUUUGAUUCGUUGGCCUUUGGGUUCGGGUGAUAGGAGUAGAAAUCUGCAUCUGGCUUCAUUUAACUGGGUGUAUCUGCCAUUUGGCUUCUAUUUCAGCCCAAACAUGUUUGAAAUAUAAUAACAUGAUCCGGCAUUCAUAAAUUAAUAAUUAUUAAAUGAAGCCAGGCACAGUUAAUUGAGCAACUAAUUUAAAUUGCCCUGAACAUGACCAGAGGUCAUAUAUUUGAAAAAUAAAAUUAUAAUCUCUUUUAUUAGUUCAGACAGGACAUUUCUUUUUUGAAGAAUUUAUUUCAGAUACAAUGCUGAGAUUUCAGGUGUUCUAAUGGCACAAAUGAUAUCAACAUAGCAACGCCUCUUGGUGAAGAUUGAUAUCAACAACUAAGCCGAGCAGAGAAGCUUCACACAGAGCUCAAGAUGGAGUCAAAAACAGUGCUCAUGGAGUGCCAGAGAGCCACUAAGACCAGCGCACCAAGUACUGGCAUGGCCACACCUGGAGCUACUCUGGGUGGAGCGAGCAGAAAAGGGUUUUUUCACUUUUUUAAAAGAAAAAGGAAUGACUCUGUUAUAUUUACAAGGCUUCAAAUGCGUUUUCCUUCAUUGUCUAGUUUAGUGCUUAAAAUAGAACUUGAGUUGUGUGAUGCUGCACAUUAUUGUGGAAGGCAUUUGAAUCCACAUUGGAUUUUCUUAAUGUAACGAGGGUGCAUGGAGAGAGUGUGGUGUUUUAUAUGUGCUGACGUUUAACGCAACCAUAGCAGGUUGUAAAAGAAAACCAUGUCAAAUAUUAUUCCACUUGUGCGGUUUUUUUGGCAUGUGCCUAAGGAAUGUUCAAAUGAAAAUCAUGGAAAUUAAAUUCAAAGGGCUAUCAAAAUAGGAUUUGGUCUGAUGUUGCCAAAGGAAAUUUAAGUGUAUAUUUGAAGGCAGAACUAACAUUUGUUCUGUGUUGGACUACACCAAAUAAAUCAUUGCCUGAACAACA